AGGCAGAGACCUGACCCACACGAGAGAGAAUAUUUGAAGGGAGGAGCUCGUGGGGUGUGUGUGCGGGCGCAUGUGUUUAUGUGUGCAAGUGCGAGACAGUGAGACUGGAGAUAGAGCUAAAGAGCGGCAGCCUUUCUCUCUCCUCUCAGCUCACUCUCUCUCUCCAUCACACACAUUCUCUCUCCUCCUCUCCUGCAGCGGUGCAGCCUGAGGCCGGCCGGCUCCGUCUCCAUCUCCAUGGGUAGCUACUACUAGCUAGCUUAUAUUGCAGCUCGGUCCUGCUCUCUCAGCCCGCUCACCUCCUCAUCUUCUUCUCGUCCUCGAUCUCUCCCUGCCGAGCUACACACACGCGGCUGCAAGAAAGAAAGAGAGAGGGCCUGGGGGCGGCUGAGAAUCAUUCGACCAGAUCGAUAGCUUGUCUUGGGCGCGCGCGGCGGCCAUGGCUUUCCUGGUGGAGCGGUGCGGCGAGAUGGUGGUGUCGAUGGAGAGCUCGCCGCACGCCAAGCCGGUGCCGGCGCCGUUCCUGACCAAGACGUACCAGCUGGUGGACGACCCCUGCACCGACCACAUCGUGUCCUGGGGCGAGGACGACACCACCUUCGUGGUGUGGCGCCCGCCCGAGUUCGCCCGCGACCUCCUCCCAAACUACUUCAAGCACAACAACUUCUCCAGCUUCGUCAGGCAGCUCAACACCUAUGGCUUCAGGAAGAUCGUGGCAGAUCGGUGGGAGUUCGCCAACGAGUUCUUCAGGAAGGGAGCCAAGCACCUCCUCGCCGAGAUCCACCGGAGGAAGUCGGCGCAGCCUCUGCCGACGCCGCUGCCACCGCACCAACCCUACCACCACCACCACCACCAUCUCCAUCACCACCACCUCAACCCCUUCUCCCCGCCGCCCCCGCCUCCGACCCAGCCGGUGUACCACUUCCAAGAAGAGCCCGCCACCGCGCAUGGUGUCCACGGCGGCAACAACGGUGACGGCAGCGGCGGCGGGGACUUCUUGGCGGCGCUGUCGGAGGACAACCGCCAGCUGCGGCGGCGCAACUCGCUGCUGCUGUCAGAGCUGGCGCACAUGAAGAAGCUCUACAACGACAUCAUCUACUUCCUGCAGAACCACGUGGCGCCGGUGACUAGCCCCUCGUCGGCGGCGCACGCGUCCCAGCUGCCCAGCGCCGGCGCGGCGUCCUCCUGCAGGCUGAUGGAGCUGGACCCGGGCUCCCCCUCCCCGCCGCCGCGGCCGGAGGCGGCGGACGACGAUGACGGCACGGUGAAGCUGUUCGGCGUGGCGCUGCAGGGCAAGAAGAAGAAGCGGGCGCACCGGGAGGACGGCGACGAGGACCAUGAGCAGGGAAGCAGCGAGGUCUAGCCGCCGGCCGGCCGGCUUGCUCUCGUGUACAUAUAGAGAUCAGAUCAGAGAGGAGUAGUUGCAUCGCUAGCUCGCUAGCUAGGCUUUGGUAAUUUCUUUUGAGUGCGUACUGAGAUUAAUUUGCAAUAGGUGCAAGCUAAGUGUUGAUUAGUCUGAGAGUAAAACUAACAAGGAUGCAUGUUUGUUGGCGUGCAUGGAUGAAUCCAAGUCAAGUAGUUGCAGAGGCUUGCACCACCUGCUCAUGUUCUUUCAGGCCGUGCAUGGAGGAAUAUGGGAUUGACUGAUGGUCUCUUGCUCAUGAUGCCAUCCAUGAAAGGACUAGUUAGGCUACUCAGUUCCUAAAUGCAUGCUAAGCAGUCCAAAUAAAGAUUUCAUGUC